AUGGUGCCUGCGUGGACAGUCCCAAGUGGCCGUGUUAUCGCCUGCGAAAUUGCACAUCGCUUCCGCGACACUACCAUUGUCACACAUUGUUCCCGCGGCAUCACCACCGUCGCACACGUCGCCGCCGAAGCCUCUGGAGCUCCUCGAGAAACAAGCAUCUCCCCUCCUCCGUCGCACAAAUUUUCGCCCGAGCAGCAGCAUAUCGCCAGCGUUUCGCAAUCCCCGGUUCCACCGUCUCUGGUUACUCCUGCGAAUACGCUCGCGAACAGCAGCAGCAGCAGCGUCGCGACGUCGUCGCUCGUGGCGGGCGCUCUGGGCUCCGCCGCUUAUCUCGCGCUUCGGAACGCCUUAUCACCGUCAACAAUCCGGCCAGUCAUGGUUCCGCUGGACCCUCCCAGCGGAAUCGUGCCGCGCGCUACCAGUGCGGCACCAGCAGCUCUGGCAACAAUGGCGGCCACCUUCCCCCGGGCCGUGCAGGAGGAGGCGUUUCUGAGGGCGGUGGCAACUGAGCUGAGCAAGCUGGGUUUUAAGAGGUGGGGCGUUGAGCAUUGUUAG